AUGGCGCCGCCCGGGUCUGGAGGGGGCGUGUCCGCGCUGGCCCCGCCCACUCCCGUCGCUUCCCGCCCACCCGCCGCGGCCGCCGGACACAGGCGCAAGAUGGCGGCUCCCAGGGCGGCGACAGGCAGCGGGGGACGCAUGGCAGGCCUGGGCGAUGGGUGCGCUGAGAAGUGUCGCGGGGGGGAGGAUACAGCGGGCACCGCCGGGGGUGGGGGGGGGGGGUCCCCGCCGCGGGCCCCCCCGGGCCCCCCCGCGCUGCAGCCGCGCUGGAAGCGAGUGGUGGGCUGGGCUGGGCCAGUGCCCCGGCCCCGGCACGGCCACCGAGCCGUGGCCAUCAAGGAGCUCAUCGUGGUCUUCGGGGGGGGCAACGAGGGCAUCGUGGACGAGCUGCACGUGUACAACACAGCCACCAACCAGUGGUUCAUCCCUGCCGUGAGGGGGGACAUCCCCCCCGGCUGUGCCGCCUACGGCUUCGUGUGUGACGGGACCCGGCUGCUCGUGUUCGGGGGCAUGGUGGAGUACGGCAAGUACAGCAACGACCUCUACGAGCUGCAGGCCUCCAGGUGGGAGUGGAAGCGGCUGAAGGCGAAGACCCCCAAAAAUGGGCCCCCCCCUUGCCCCCGGCUGGGCCACAGCUUCUCCCUGGUGGGCAACAAGUGUUACCUGUUUGGGGGGCUGGCCAACGACAGCGAGGACCCCAAAAACAACAUCCCCCGGUACCUGAACGACCUGUACGUGCUGGAGCUGCGGCCAGGUUCGGGGGUGCUGGCCUGGGACAUCCCCAUCACGUACGGGGUGCUGCCCCCGCCCCGCGAGUCCCACACGGCCGUGGUGUACACGGAGCGCGACGGGCGGCGCUCGCGCCUCGUCAUCUACGGCGGCAUGAGCGGCUGCAGGCUGGGGGAUCUGUGGACUCUGGACAUCGAGACGCUGACGUGGAACAAGCCCAGCCUGAGCGGGGUCGCUCCCCUCCCCCGCAGCCUCCACUCGGCCACCACCAUCGGCAACAAGAUGUACGUUUUUGGGGGGUGGGUGCCCCUGGUGAUGGAUGACGUCAAGGUGGCGACGCACGAGAAGGAGUGGAAGUGCACCAACACCCUGGCCUGCCUCAACCUGGACUCGAUGGCCUGGGAGCCCCUGGUGCUGGAGACCCUGGAGGACAACGUGCCACGGGCUCGUGCCGGCCACUGCGCCGUGGCCAUCGCCACCCGCCUCUACAUCUGGAGCGGGCGCGACGGCUACCGCAAGGCCUGGAACAACCAGGUGUGCUGCAAGGACCUCUGGUACCUGGAGACAGAGCGCCCCCCAGCGCCGGGCCGUGUCCAGCUGGUCAGGGCUAACACCACGUCGCUGGAGGUGAGCUGGGGCGCGGUGCCCACGGCCGACUCGUACCUGCUGCAGCUGCAGAAGUACGAGCUGCCCGCCGCCCCCGCGCCCCCCCCGGUGCCCUCGGUGCCCGCCAACCCCCCCAAAAGCCCCGCGCCCGCCGCCCCCGCGCCGCCCCCGGCGCCCCCCAACGCGCUGCCCCAGAUCGGGGGCGUGGGGCUCACCCUGCUGUCCCCCCCUGCGCCCGCCGCGCCCCCCAACCCCGCCACCCUGCAGGUGCUGCCCGCGGCGGCGGGGGGGGCAACGGCGGCGGCAGCCGCCCCCCGCCCAGGUGUCCCGGCCGUGCUGAAGGUGACCGGUCCCCCUGCGGCCAGCGCGGGGCCCCCGCUGGUCACCGUGCGCUCGGCCGGGCCCGGCAAGGCCCCGGUGACGGUGACAUCGCUGCCAGCCGGGGUCAGGAUGGUGGUGCCCACCCAGAGCCCCCAGGGCACGGUGAUCGGCAGCAGUCCCCAGAUGAGCGGCAUGGCCGCGCUGGCCGCAGCGGCCGCAGCCACCCAGAAGAUCCCGCCGGCCUCGGCCCCCACCGUGCUCAGCGUCCCCGCCGGGGCCACCAUCGUCAAAACGGUGGCCGUGACCCCCGGGGCCACCACCCUGCCCGCCACCGUCAAGGUGGCAUCGUCACCUGUCAUGGUGAGCAACCCUGCCACCCGCAUGCUGAAGACGGCGGCCGCCCAGGUGGGCACGGCCGGGGCGUCCCCUGCGGCCACCAACGCGGCCACCAGGCCCAUCAUCACCGUGCACAAAUCCGGCACGGUGACGGUGGCCCAGCAGGCCCAGGUGGUCACCACCGUGGUCGGAGGGGUCACCAAGACCAUCACCCUGGUCAAGAGUCCGAUCUCCGUGCCGGGGGGCAGCGCCCUGAUUUCCAACCUGGGCAAGGUGAUGUCGGUGGUGCAGACGAAACCGGUGCAGAGCUCGGCUGUGACCGGGCAGGCCUCGAGUGGCCCUGUCACCCAGAUCAUCCAGACCAAGGGCCCCCUGCCCGCCGGGACCAUCCUCAAGUUGGUGACGUCGGGGGAGGGGAAGCCCACCACCAUCCUGACCAGCACCCAGGCGGGGGCGGGGGCCGCCAAGCCCCCCACCAUCCUGGGCAUCAGCAGCGUGUCCCCCAGCACCACCAAGCCCGGGACCACCACCAUCAUCAAAACCAUCCCCAUGUCGGCCAUCAUCACCCAGUCGGGGGCUACCGGUGUCACCAGCAGCCCCGGGAUCAAGUCCCCCAUCACCAUCAUCACCACCAAGGUGAUGACCUCGGGCACCGGGACCCCCGCCAAGAUCAUCACGGCUGUCCCCAAACUGGGCGGGGGACACGGCCAGCAGGGCGUGACACAGGUGGUGCUGAAGGGGGCCCCAGGACAGCCGGGGACCAUCCUGAGGACAGUGCCCAUGGGGGGGGUCCGGCUGGUCACUCCUGUCACCGUCUCGGCCGUCAAGCCCACGGUGACCACCCUGGUGGUCAAGGGCACCACCGGUGUGACCACGCUGGGGACGGUGACAGGGACAGUGUCCACCAGCCUGGCGGGGGGUGCAGGUGGCCACAGCGCCACGGCCUCGCUGGCCACCCCCAUCACCACCCUGGGGACAAUCGCCACCCUCUCGAGCCAGGUCCUGAACCCUGCGGCCAUCACGGCCACGGCGGCCGGGGGCGGCCUGGGGACACCGACCAUCACCAUGCAGCCGGUGUCCCAGCCCACACAGGUGACACUGAUCACCACCCCCAGCGGGGUGGAGGCCCAGCCCGUCCACGACCUCCCCGUGUCCAUCCUGGCGUCCCCAACGGCCGAGGGUCCCCCUGCGGCCACCUCGGGGGGUGGCAACCUGAGCGAGGCCACCCCGGCCGAGGCCACCCCGGGCACCGUCACCUUGGUGUGCUCCAACCCCCCCUGCGAGACCCACGAGACCGGGACCACCAACACGGCCACCACCAGCCUGGUGGCCAACGUGGGGACAGGAGGAGGGGGACAGCAGCAGCUGCAGCUGCUCUGCGAGGACACGGGCGGGGGGACAACGGUGCCACAGCCCCCCCGGGCUUGUUCCAACCCCCCCUGCGAGACCCACGAGACGGGGACCACCAACACCCCCACGGCCACGGGGACAUCGCGCCUGGGGACGCCCGGGGGCCCUCCCUGUCCCACGCAGCAAACGGUGGCCACGGGGACGACGAUGACAGCGCGGCUGUGCCCACCCCCAGCCCCCGACGGCGGUGGCAGCAGCGGUGUCACCACGUGCCAAACGCAGGAUGUCACCCCCCCGUGCCAAACGCCCUGGGGGCAGCCUGAGGUGGGGACGGCCACCAACGUGGUCGCUGUGGCCACCACCACGAGCUGUGAGACUCCCGUGGGGACACGGCUGUGCUCCAACCCCCCCUGCGAGACCCACGAGACGGGGACAACCAACACGGUGACAAUGACAGGGUCACAGCUCUGCUCCAACCCCCCCUGCGAGACCCACGAGACCGGGACAACCAACACGGUGACAAUGACAGGGUCACAGCUCUGCUCCAACCCUCCUUGUGAGACCCACGAGACGGGGACAACCAACACGGGUGGGGGUCUGGCCCCCUCGAGCGCCUUCGUGGCCCCCCCAGGCCCCACGGUUGCCCCCAGCCCUGCCAAGCUGCAGGCGGCCGCUGCCUUGGCCGAGAAGCCGGAGCCGGGGGCGCCGCCCAAGGCGCUGCCCAAGAAGGAGAACCAAUGGUUCGACGUGGGGGUCAUCAAGGGCACCACCAUGAUGGUCACUCACUACUUCCUGCCGGCCGAGGACGCGCCCGCCCAGGACGACGAGGGCUCGGGGGUCCCGGACCACUCUCAGCUGCGGCGCCAGGAGCUGCAGCCGGGCACCGCCUACAAAUUCCGCGUGGCCGGGCUCAACGCCUGCGGCCGCGGGCCCUUCUCGGAGCUGUCGGCCUUCAAAACCUGCCUGCCCGGCUUCCCCGGGGCCCCGUGCGCCAUCAAGAUCAGCAAGAGCCCGGACGGAGCUCACCUGACGUGGGAGCCGCCCUCGGUGACGUCGGGCCGCAUCGCCGAGUACUCGGUGUACUUGGCCAUCCAGGGGGGCCCCGGCGGUGGCCCCGAGGCUCGCGGGGGGGGGGCCCAGCUGGCCUUCAUGAGGGUCUAUUGUGGGCCCAGCCCCUCGUGCCUCGUGCCGGCCUCCAGCCUGGCCAGCGCCCACAUCGACCACACCACCAAGCCGGCCAUCAUCUUCCGCAUCGCCGCCCGCAACGACAAGGGCUACGGCCCGGCCACCCAGGUGCGGUGGCUGCAAGAGUCGAGCAAGGACGGAGCCGCUGGGAAACCGGGCAGCAAACGGCCCCUGGCGUCCCCCGACCUGAAAUCCGCUCCAAAGAAGCCCAAGGCCGAAGGGCAGUGAAGGACCCCCGGGACCCCCCCCCA